CAAAAAUCUCAAACAAAAAACCAACCGUAGAUUUCCUGUAUUUUGUCUGUUACAAAAGACUUCAUGUAACUAAAUAGAAUAGAUGCUUCCAGAUUAUUUAUCGGACAACAGAAAACGAAAAUUCGAGGAGAAUCAGACUCCUUCUGGUGAAGUUGCAUCAUCCGGUGGAGGAUUCAAUACUCCUUAUGCUAAUACAUCGUCAUCUUCACCGGUAAGCUCUUCUCAGUAUCCUUAUGUUUCUGGAGUGAAUCCUUCGACUGUUCCCCAGUCUCCUUAUGUACCUACUGCUGCAAAUAGUCAGUUCCAGAAUCCUAACUUUGGUCACCAAUAUUAUUCGUAUGCAUCUUCCAAUCCAUCGUUGCUUAGUGAUCCGACCCCGAGCUUAAAUAGCUCUUACAUGAUGCCAAACACUCAGAAUUAUCCUUAUGGGUUUGCGCCGUCUGCACCUUCAACUGCUGCUUACAUGGGUGGUAUUCCUCCACAACCUGUUUCACCCUACCCAACCAACUCUUCUUACAAUCUAGGAUCAAACUCUUCUCCGCUUACUGGAAUUUCUCCUGGAAUGACCAAUGCUCCUUCCCGAUUCCCCAGUAUCCAGUCUUUGCAGCAGCAACCUGCAUAUCCCAAUUACAAUUCACAGUAUCAUGGCAAUAACAAUUUCAUGGGAAAUGUUCCCGCUUUGUCUAAUGUCAGUUCUGGAGGAUUGUUGAAUUCAUCGAAUCCAGUUGCGCCGGCCGUCGAUAACUCUACCCUUUACAAUUCUUCUGCCUCGGCUACUCCCGCAGCAAACAUGCUUCCUAGCUAUACCCGCUCAAAGUCUCGGUCCGUUAGUCAUCCUAGAUCAUCAUCCGUUCAACAUACUUCUGCUACCCCUCCUGAGAAUAUACCUUCCCUUUCAUCUCCCAUGACGGCCGACGCUUCUAUAAAGGAUCCAAGAAAAAAUCCCAAUCAUGCUAUGCUCUGUGUUCAAUGGAUCCGUUCUUUCAUUCCUCAGGCCGACAUAGGAACUACGAUCAAUGCUCUUGCACAAAAUAAUUGGGAAGAAAUAGCCGCUUUGUCUGUAUUGUCCCGUCAAUACUUGAAUUAUGAUGUAUCAGCUCAGUUACAACAGCAUCAGGCUUUCACUCAUGGCCUCCCUGAUCUUUCCAGUUUUAUUCCAAAUUUUGAGACUUCAAAUCGUACUGUGCAUUCCCAAAAACGUUCUAUACGUGAUAAGUAUACCCAACCUUCAACAGGAUAUCCCAUGGCGCCUGCCGAAGAAACCACACCAAUUCCCUCGUACUCCCGAAAACCUGCAAAGAAACCCGUUGAAGAGGAUGAAUUUUAUGAUUCCGGCGAAGAAUCAGAUGUAGUUGUCCAAAGAGACACUUCAGCUUUGGAGCGAACUGUUCUCAAUUUCAUCAAUGCUAGUUCUGCUAAGGAAAUCUCGGAUACUGCCAGCUGCCCACUUGCUCACUCUAAGUUGCUUCUGGAACAUCGUCCCUUCAAUAAUCUUGCCGAAGCUUGUGCCAUUAAACAUCCUGAUGAUGUUCCUAGUAAACCUGGUAGGAGAGGCCGAAGAAGACCAAAAAUCCCUAUGGGUCAAAAAAUUGUCAAUGUCUGCAUGGAAACCAUGGAAGGUUACUAUGCUAUUGACAACCUUAUCGCCCGUUGUGAAGAUUUAGGUAAGCGUAUAUCAGAUGGUAUGGCUUCCUGGGGUAUAAAAUUGAAAGAAGCUUAUGGUGAAUUGAACAUCGUUGAUAUGGAUUCACUACAUAAUGCCUCUUUUAAUGCCUCGAACUAUCCUGGCUUUAUCACCGAACAACCUGCUAGCCUUGCUCCUGAUGUUAAGCUAAAGAGCUACCAAAUGAUUGGUGUUAAUUGGAUGAACUUACUGUAUAGAUUGGGUCUUUCUGGUAUUUUAGCCGAUGAAAUGGGUUUAGGCAAGACCUGUCAGGUUGUUGCCUUUUUUGCUCUGCUUCUUGAACAAGGCCGUACAGGUCCUCAUCUUGUUGUAGUUCCUUCUUCUACUCUCGAAAAUUGGUUACGUGAGCUUGCUCGCUUCUGUCCCCGUCUCCGUGUAGAACCAUACUAUGGAAGCCAACAGGAACGCGCUGAUAUUCGAGAAGCUAUAGAAGAAAAUAAUGUAGCAUAUGACAUUUUGGUUACUACAUACCAACUAGCCACCAGCAGUAAAGAGGAUCGCUCAUUCCUUAAGCAUCAAAACUUUGAUGUUUGCGUUUAUGACGAAGGCCACUAUUUGAAGAAUCGAAUGUCAGAGCGAUAUAAAAAUUUGAUGAAUCUGACUGCUAACUUUCGAUUACUAUUAACCGGUACUCCUCUGCAAAAUAAUCUUAAAGAAUUAGUAUCGUUGCUAGCUUUCAUCCUUCCGAACGUGUUUGAUAGCGACAUGGAGGACUUGGAUGUCAUUUUUAAAGCAAAGCCUACUGCCGACGCUGACAUCGAGCAAGCUCUUUUAUCGAAACAGAGAAUCAGUAGAGCCAAAACAAUGAUGACGCCUUUCGUACUGCGUCGACGUAAAGCUCAAGUUUUAGGUGACUUACCUCAGAAGAGUCAUCACAUUGAAUAUUGCGAUAUGUCCGCCGAACAAGAAACCAUCUAUAAUCGGUAUGCAGCUGUGCAAAAAUCUCAACAACUAAAGCGUGAGGAUAAACGACCUAAGAGAGUAAAGAAAGACGAAGGAAACGAGGAAAAUGGCAAGCCAGCAUCGGUUGGACACACGCUUAUGCAAUUGCGAAAGGCCGCCAAUCAUGCUUUACUCUUCCGAGAACAUUACGAUACGAACACUUUGCGUAAGAUGGCUAAAGAUAUCAUGAAGGAAGAACAGUACAAAAAUGCUAAUGAGCAAUACAUCUUUGAAGAUAUGGAAAUUAUGUCUGACUUUGAACUUCAUCGUCUGUGCCGCAAUUUCCCCACAUUGCAAUCGUAUAUGCUGAAAGAGGAGCCUUGGAUGGAUUCAGGUAAAAUCCUAAAGCUGAAAAAAAUGAUUCCUGAAAUGAAACAGAAAGGUGAUCGUAUACUUCUCUUUAGCCAGUUUACUCAAAUGCUCGAUAUUCUAGAGCAAGUUUUGGAUUCUUUAAAAAUUUCUUAUGUUCGUUUGGAUGGAUCUACUCAAGUAGAAACUCGUCAAGACAUUAUUGAUCAGUUCCAUAAAGAACCUGAUGUGACGGUAUUUUUGUUAUCUACAAGAGCUGGUGGAUUCGGUAUUAACCUAGCUUGCGCGAACGUGGUGAUUCUAUAUGAUUGUUCUUAUAAUCCUUUUGAUGACCUGCAAGCUGAAGACCGGGCUCACCGUGUGGGCCAGAUGCGCGACGUGAGAGUUAUAAGGUUGAUUACGAAAAAAACUGUUGAAGAAUAUAUUCAAAGACUUGCAAACACCAAGUUAGCCUUAGAUAUGAGUCUUAGCUCCGAUGGUAAAGAUCGAGAAGAACUCGGAGAGCGUCUGGUUCAAGAUAUGCUCGACGAAGAAAAUCCAGAUGACGGAGACAAGAAAACUGAUAAUACUAAAACAAAUCUACCUAAGGAAGAGCCUAAGGAAGGAUCAGAAAGCCUUAAACCAGAAACGACUCCAGACAAGGCUGAAUCAGAAAUCGCGAAACAAGAAGAAGCUACAGCUGAUGUAAAAAAAACCGAGGGCGAUGCUACUUCAACCGAUCCGUCGAAUGACAGUGAGGCAGCACAGUCCCUCAAUGUGAAAGAAGAAGACAAAGAAAGUGAUGAUACUGCAUCUUUAGCAACUUCAGAGGAGAAACCAUCGGCAGCUGAUGUGCCUUUUCAGACACCUGAAGAUGAACAAUCGAAGACAGUUUGAGCAGCAUCUGUUAGAACAUUGCAAAAAAAUUGGUUUGUGUCGUUAUCUAAGCCUAUUGGGGAUACGAUUUAUCUUCAACACACAUUGUAUGCUUUAUUUGGGAUUUGAAUAAAAGAGUUUUAUCUUGAAUCCCCUUUUGGUUAUUAUGCGGGUCAUCAUUGCUGUUGUGCAACUUUCAGUACUCCUCAAAGGAUGGAUAGAAAAAUAAAAUAGGCGAGUCAUGUUAUAAUCAUUUAUAUUGAUUGGAUUUAUAAGGCCUUAUGGGAAUACCUUUCGUAAACUGGAGAAGACUGAAGGUAUUCGAUUGUUUUAAUAAGAAAGUCUUGUUUUCAGUCAGUCUUGCGAAAGAAUCGGACUCUGCCUUUUUGUUUUGCGUUCCUUCUUGAUUAAGGUCAAGUUACAGUGGAUAUAAAACUUACAAACUUAAAGGGUUUUUUGUGAUACUGGUUAGUUAUUUGGAGCUUUUUCCUGUAUAUUAAUUUAGAAGUGUAUAUGUAUAUAGAAAUAAUGAAAAUGGACUUGUCUUUUUCGGAUGCACUGAUAACUUUCUGAAAAUGAGGGAAAUAAUGUUGGAUUAUUUUGUUUGACUAAAAUAAUUGUAAAGUAAACUAAUGGUUGCUCUUUGCCUCUUAGUGAAUCUCAUUAUCCACAUUAUUCAAAGAUGUUUCUCUAAAAAGAAGUCGAC